ACUGGACACUAUUAAGACAUCGAAUUGUUGGGGUCGUAAUAGUGCGUCAAUUACAACACUAUCAAGUGCCACACUGCAAUCUCAAACAAAGAUAUAUUUUUUCUCUUUUUAAAUUAAUCAAAGAUGUAAUUAAAGGAAAGGUCAAACACUUAAAUACUCGUGCAAUUAACUGGCGGCAAGCUUCCCACCAAUUAAAUAAAAUUUUAAGUUCUAAAAUUUGAAAGCGGUAAAUUUCCCCAAUUUUUCACUAAAUAGCGAAAUCUUUUAUUCUAAUUGUUUUAAAAAAAGAGCAAAGCGAGUAAAGAAAGGGAAAUUUUCAUUCUCAUGCCCUAUCCUCACCUGCGAAGAGAAUGAGAAGGAGAAAAACUGCUUGAAUUUCCUUCCCAUCCUAUAAUUCCCUCUGAAAAUUGAUUUCGAUUUCAGUUGGUGACAGGGAAAAUCAAAGAAGACCUUGGAUCUUGACAUCGACAACGACGAGGAGUCGAUGUUGGUUCAGCCCGACGUCUUUAUCGUUCUUGGCAGCCGACCCAUCCACCGAAUCUCUUUGUAAAUAUAUGCAUCUGCACCAGUUUGGUUUCAAGUGAUGAGAAGCUUCUUUGUGACUCAUUUCAAUACAUGGAGAUUGCGAAUGGAAUGCACGGGAAGUAAAAGGGAUGCUGGCAACUUUUCUCUUUAUUGCAGUCGCACAACUGGAUUUUUGGUAUUCUUGCUGGCUAGCUUCCUGGGGAUUGGAGCUUCUUUGUGGCAUACUUGGUUGCGAGGAUCUCUUUUUGGUAUUUCUUGCAAUAGGGUAUCUCCUGAAGCCGCAGUAGGAGAAUUUUCUUCAUUUUUCGCAGAUUGGAUUGCUAGACAUGGCAUCAGCCUAUUUAUUAGGUAAACAAAAAUGAGAAAGAGUGAAGAAGGGAAAGAAAGUGAUGUGCAAGUUAGGGAGAAAUUCAACUUCAACAUGAGUUAAUUGAAGCUUUAGUGGGCGAUUGUUGAACUCGUAACUACAAGCCCGUAACACUAUUCUUCAGCUGGAUAGAGAGCAACGAAACAACCAUUUUAAUAGCUUUGAUGGCAGUUCUCAACAUAUUUGCAGCCCUGGGAAGAAUGAAAGUGCUAUAAAUUGCAGGCUUGCUAAGCUUGGGAGUGAUGAAUUUAAUAAGGCUAGCUUCAUUUUUUACUUGAGAACACGUUGUUCUAAAUGUUUUCAUAUUUUGUAGCUCAAUAGAAAUAGAUAGAGUGUAAUUUUGAAAUUUCUGGGAUGAUUGCUUAUUGUUCAAUUAAUAUAAGGCUAUCUUCGAUUUUGA